AUGCCCGAGCUUCCCGAGGUCGAAAAAGCUCGUCGCCUGGUGCACGACCUCGCGAUCGGAUCCCCGAUCUCGCGCGUCCAUCGACCCAUCAUCGACGACAAAGUUUUUGUCGACGUCGCAUCGGGACAGUUUGAGCGCGCGCUCUCGGGACGGAAAAUCACCCACAGUAAGCGCCACGGUAAGCAGUUGUGGUGGCAGCUCGACGGGAACGACGCGCUCGUUCCGUGCUUUCACUUCGGGAUGACGGGGGCGUUCGUGGCGCGAGGAAUCGAUGGGAUUCAGUAUUACAAUAGCAAGGCGAGCGGAACGGGCGACUGGCCGCCGCGGUUCGCCAAGCUCGUCGUCGCGUUCGAGAACGGCGUCGAGCUCGCGUUCGUAGACCCGAGAAGGUUUGGAAAGAUCAAACUCGUCGCGGACGUCGCGGAGGUGAUCGGCCAACUCGGGCCGGAUCCGCUGUUGGAGAUGCCGAACGAGGAGGCGUUCGCGGCGCUAUGGCGACGAAGGAGCGCGCCGAUAAAGACGGCCAUCAUGGACCAGAAGGUGAUCGCUGGGAUAGGGAAUUGGAUGGCGGACGAAAUUUUAUACCGAGCGCGAGUGCAUCCGGAGACUCGAGCGAACGAGUUGAGCUCGACGCAGCUCGAAGCGAUUAGAUUUCGCGUCACAGAAGUCGUCAAAGUAGCGUGCGAGGCAAACUCUGACCACGAUUUGUUUCCAGACGACUGGUUGUUCCACCAUCGCUGGGGGAAAACCGGCGGAGCGAAAGUCAACGGAGACGCGAUUAAGUUCAUCGAAGUCGGCGGUCGCACCACCGCCUUCGUGCCCAAACUUCAG